AUGGCUGUAUGGGUGAGAAUUUUGGGUGUACCUGUUAGAUAUUUCAAGGAUUAUACACUUAAGGUGGUGGGUAAAGUUCUGGGAACUGUUAUCAAAGUUGAUAGGCUAACUUUAGCUCAAGCUCGAGGGAAAUUUGCCAUAAUUUGUGUUGAAAUUGAUCUACAGGUACCUUUGAAACCUUUUGUGGAGAUUGAAGGGGUUGCCUAUGGUGUUGUUUAUAAGGGAAUAUCUCUAAUUUGUUUCAAUUGUGGCUGCUAUGGACAUGCCAAAGCUAAUUGCCCUCACUCUGCACCUCUUAGACCUACUCCUGAUGUUGACACUCAUGUGAAUGCUGAGACUUCUACGCCCCCAGUUUCUUCUGCAAUAAACUCUAGUCAAUAUCCCACUGAAGUUGCUUUGCCUAUCAAAGCUGGCCAUCAGAGUAGUGACAUGGAAAUUGCUGAUAAGGUUGUGAAAGCAACUGUUCUUGGUCAUGGACCAUGGAUGCUCAUGUCCUAUAAAAACAAAAAAGCCAACUCUAGCAAGAUUCCUGCUAACAGUGCAUCUGUGCAAUCUGGUUCGAGAUUCGCUCUUCUUGAGACCUUUGUUGAAGGUGAGGAUAAUGCUCUCAAAGAGGUACAAUCUACUACUAUUGACUCUCUGAAUGCUAAAGACAAUUCUGAACCUGCAGUAGUGCAUAUGUGGAAACAAGUUCAAAAGAAAGCCAAUAAGACCAUUUUUGAUAAUUCGCAGCAAGCUUCUACAUCUAGCAAGAGCACCUCAGCUAGUAAAUCUCAUGGAUCUCUUAAAAAGCCUCUCAAAGACAUAACUAAUGGAAAGUCUAAUUUGAGACCACUUGUGCCUAAAUUCAAUGCUGGAAAAAGUUCGACUCAGACUCCUAGAAAAUACGCUGUGAGCUCCACAGUGAAGAAGUCAAUUGCAUCAUCUCAGCCUAAUACCACUGACAAAAAUAACUCUCCAGCUCCUUCCAUCUCAAUUCAAGAUUCACAUCCUCCAUCCAAUUUCUCUGUCGAAUUUGGGAAUUGCCCUCCUGAGAGCUGUACAAAUUUGGAGUCAUCUUGCACUGAAAUGGAUUCGCCUAAUGAUAGUUCUAUUAGCAAUGGCCAGGUAUGUUCUGUCUUUGCUUUUGAUAACUUGAACAACAUGAUAUCUAUUGUCUCUGGUGAGAAUACUAACCUAUCCUCCAAUGUGGAGGAUAUGGUUGAUAAUUGA